UAAUGAGUGGUCUUUACAAUUAGUUUGAUCUCAAUAAAUUCUUACCAAGUGCUUAUGUUGUAGAAGCCUUACCAUUGUGUUCCAUAUUAGAAAAUUAAGUUAGAUCUGAAAGAGUGGGAGACUAAGAUGUUCGAAUUUAUAGUGUGUAUAAUCAGAACAAAGAUAGAAUCACAUAAUAAACAAAUUUGGUUGAUAAAAUAGCCAGAUUUGUUAAAGAUGAUGAAGAAAAAGAAGAAGAAUAAGAAGAUCCAGAAUAAUCAGCUGAAGUCUAGACCAGAUACUUUAAUCUUGAUAGUAUUGAUGUACUCUCUAAAGGAGUAUGUAGAAGAUGCAAAAAAGUAAUUGCUAGUGAUAACCAAAGCCUGGCCAUUUUGAAAAAUGGUGUGUUGAAGACAUUGCUGAAACUAAAGUGACUUGUCGAUUUUGUUUGGGAGAUCAUUAUUUUUUAAAAUGUCCUAAUAGUUUAUGUUUCAAGUGCAACCAAGCAGGACAUAUGGCAAAGGAUUGUGAUGUUGAAGGAUUCAAAUGUCAUAGAUGUAACAAAAAGGGACAUAAAUCUAAAGAUUGUAAUGUUAUCAUUAUAGAUGAUGAAAAUGUAUUUGAAAAGGAUAAAUAAAGAUUAAAAGAUCUUUUGUGUUUAAAUUGUUAAGAGAAAGGACAUUUGAAUUGUUUUUCAAAAGGAUAUAAAAAAUAUGAUUUACUUUAUUGUGAAGGAAAAGAGUAUAGAGAAAGAGAAAAAAUGAAUAGAAUUGAUUAUUCUUCAAAAGAUAAACAUAAUCAUCAUUCAAAAAAUUAAUAAUAACAUAAUCAUUAACAUGAUCAUAAUUAUAAUCAUUAAUAAUAAUAUAAUCAUCAUAAUUAACAUGAUCAUCAUCAUUAACAUUCACAUAAAUAAAAAUAUUUAAAAGAAUAAACAUAAAAUCUACCUCAUAAAGUCAAUAAAAUAAUUUAAAAAUAAAAAUAUCAUUAAUAAGAUUCUUCAUCAUAAUAUUCAAUGUGGUCAGAAGAAUCUCCAAAUACAAAAAGGAUGAAUAAUAAUAAAUAAAGAAAAAAUAAACUAAAAUAGAAAAAGUAUUUCAAAUAAUUUAAUUGA